ACUUGUUCGCUAGAUUAGUUUCGAUUGGCAUAGCCGGUAGCGCUCCAGUCUUUUUCCAUUCUACUCUAGAUAUCACUCUAGAUCAGUUGAGAUUCAUGGACGAGAGCUAGUUGCUAACUCCGUAGUUCCGUAUUCGAGCAUUUUUUCGAAUUUAUAACCUCCGUGGUUACCUACCGCAUACUACCAGUGUUUAUUUGAAAUUAUUUAAUCAUGGCAAAUAGAGGUUUUCGAAUGUUUGCCAAAGAUUUUCUACCGUCUAUGAAAAUUCGUAUAGAACAAAUUCGAAAUGGACAUCAUAUACGAGGAAAACCGCCAACGAUUGCUCGUACCUUGAAGCAGCGACUCGAAUCCCUGAACGAGACAGAUCCGACGGUAUCGUUUCAAGUAAAUAUAGGUUUUGCCGUGCCAAAGCCUUCGAAGAAAGUGACUGAUAGUUGGUACACGGAAAGGAAGGCUAGAAAAUCAGAUCCUGAAAUGGAGAAACAAGCGAGGAAUAGAUCGUUAUCUGUCGAUUUAAACCGAGUAAAAGAAAUUUGGUUAAAAACGUAUAGCAUGUUUCAUAAUCGUAAAAUCGCUAAACAUUAUGGGGUCUUUAAAGAUUUAUUCGGUGAUGCGUAUUUUUCACCCGUCGUACCAUUAGAAAUCAACUACCGAGUAAAAGAGGACGUAUUAGCUAGCGUAUAUACAGGAAAUGUUAUAAAACCUAACGAAGCCAGCAAGUCCCCGAUCGUUAAAUACGAUGCACGAUCCGACAGUUUAUGGACUCUGGUAAUGAGCACACCGGAUGGCAACAUGCAAAAUUCAAAUAACGAAUAUUGCCAUUGGUUUCUCGGAAAUAUUCCAGAGAACAAGCUGGAACGGGCCGAUGAAAUAAUAGACUAUUUAAGACCAAUUCCGCCUAGGGGCGUUGGUUAUUAUCGCUAUAUAUUUGUGCUUUAUAAGCAAAACGAGCGUCUAGAUUACACGGAAUAUAAAAAAACCCAACCCUGUUUACGAUUAGACGACCGCGAUUGGAACACAUUGGAAUUUUACCGUAAAUAUCAAGACCGCCUUACUCCGGCUGGUUUAGCAUUUUAUCAGAGCGACUGGGAUCCUACGGUGACACAGUUUUAUCACUCGAUGUUAGAGACAAAGGAACCAAUAUUUCAGUACGAUUUUCCAAAACCAUACGUGAAACCACAGACAUGGUUUCCCUUGAAAGAAGCAUUUAAUCUUUAUUUGGAUAGGUACAGAGAUCCGAAGGAGAUAGCGAAAGAAUUUCUAUUAAAAAAGUUAAAAAACGUUCAUCCUUUUAAAGAAGCAAAACCAGCACUGAAAUAUCCGAAUGCAUGUGCUUUCGGGAAGGAUGUACCAUCUUGGCUAAGAUUGGAACUGAAGAAAGAACGCAUGGGAUGGGGUCGAGUUAACGAUAUAAAAUAAAGUGGUAGAAUCCAGAGGAGAGCAUUUGUCAAUAAUUUGUAAUUUUAGAGAAUAACGGAACUUUAUUUUACACGUAUAGUCGAACAAGUUGGAAAGGAGUAGGAGGUUGUCUCGUUGCCGAGAAGAACACGAUGGGGUCCAGUCUCUUCUCCUAGCGGCUCAGUUUCCUCCUUCUUUCCACGACGAUGGAAUUUUUCUACUAUUUCUGUUCGAAUCCAACAUCUUGUUCCGUUUCGUUGUAUACAAUAUAUCAAUAAACUAAACGUUGGAAACUGUAAA